CAUAAAACGCAUGUAGCUGCUGAUUGUAAAUAUGUUUUCUGUCAUCGGGCCUUCGCUAUAAAGUAGCUCGUUUGUUUGCAUUCUUGUCGGUGCAGUAACUUGUUGGUUGUUGUUCCGAGAGCAUGUUGAAGUACACAAGUAAGGCUGUACAGCAUUCUACGCAAGACUAUUGCACAACGUUUACUUUAGGCUAAGAAUAAAUACCAUGCGAUACAGGUUAUGGCUAUAUAAUUUAAGCGCAGAAUAGUAGAAUAUAACACAACUAAUGUAUAAAACGGUGGUUUAAUCGACCUAAUUUGUGUGUUUUAACACUUUUAAAACGGGGAAGUAGUUUAUGAAAGAGGAGCACGUUAACUUCCUUUAAAAAGCCUGAUGUCAGCAAAGAAAUGUUUUGAAAUUCAUGGAUAGACUCGCAAAUGAAUAUGCGACGGGCAAUGGACGUCAAGUAAAUGGUGGUCGGGAAAGUGUACCGCAUGAAACUAAACAUGCCUGUGAAAUCCUGGACUGCGGUGUUUUUGGUGCUCACGGUGUUACCGAGCGGUGUGUCUACCGUGAAAGACAGAGAGGAGGAUUCGGUCAGAACCUCCCGACAACAACACGCUGAGAAUGGGCUGGGUCGAAACAACACAGGGAUGUCGACACCAGGGGAAUCACAGAAUACAAGCACACAUGAAUGCCGUGAUGUGAUGAAGCAGAAGCCGUCGAAGCAAUGCUGGUUCAUCAAGCACACCAAGGACUGUGAGUUCAGCGACGGCUACAUCAACUACCUGCAGGGGGCGUUCUGCAGCUUCCCUCACAGUCUCUUCCCACUCGCUGUUACACUCUAUGCUGUUUGGCUCCUGUACUUAUUCGUGGUUCUGGGAAUCGCUGCGUCAGAAUUCUUCUGUCCAAACCUGGCUGCUAUCUCCACCAGCCUCAAGCUGACCCACAAUGUGGCUGGAGUGACGUUCCUGGCGUUUGGGAAUGGGGCUCCGGAUGUGUUCAGCGCAGUGGCAGCGUUUGCAGACCCCCGGACCGCAGGGCUUGCCAUCGGAGCACUCUUUGGUGCGGGCGUGUUUGUCACCACGGUGGUGGCCGGCAGUGUGGCGCUGGUCAAGCCCUUCACUGUGGCCUCCAGACCCUUCCUCCGCGACGUCAUCUUUUACAUGGCGGCUGUCUUCUGGACCUUCCUCAUCCUCUACCUGCGGGAGAUCAAGCUGGGCGAGGCGCUGGGUUACCUUGGCCUGUACGUUCUGUACGUUGGCACAGUCAUCGUCAGCACCCUCAUAUACAACCAACAGAAGAACCGGCUGCAGGGACCCAUUCAAAGCAGCUACACUGAGCCAGAGUUGCCAUCUGAUUCCGAAGACGCUACCCCAAGCAUCUUCAACGGGAGCAUCCGGGACGAUGAGACUGAGUACCAGCCCCUGCUCCCCUUCACUGAAUCCACCUGCCAGAUCUUCAUCAACUCCAUCAACCCAAUAGACAGCAGGAAGUGGAGGAGAAAGCGCUGGUUAUGGAGAGCUGCCAAGGUGGUCCAGGUGCCGCUGGAAGUGUUGUUGCUGCUCACUGUGCCCGUGGUGGACCCUGACAAGGAUGACCACAACUGGAAGCGUCCGCUCAACUGCCUACACCUGCUGACAGGACCCCUCGUGUGUGUGCUCACCUUCAAAUCAGGACAAUACGGGCUCCUGAACAUUGAGGGCGAGUUCCCAGUGUGGGCCCUUGUCCUUCUCAUCGGGGUUUUUCUAUCAGCCAUCUCCUUCCUCACCACCAGCAACCAGCAGCCCCCCAGGCUGCACUGUGUGUUCUCGUUGCUGGGGUUCGUGGUCAGUGCCAUGUGGAUCAACACUGCAGCCACCGAGGUGGUCAGCAUCCUGCGGACCUUCGGGGUGGUGUUUGACCUGAGCAACACGGUCCUGGGACUGACCCUGCUGGCCUGGGGGAACAGCAUCGGGGACUGCUUCUCUGACAUCACCAUGGCCCGGCAGGGGUACCCGCGCAUGGCGAUGGCUGCCUGCUUCGGAGGGAUCAUCUUCAACAUGCUCUUCGGGGUGGGGCUGGGCUGCCUGUUCCAGAUGUUUAACGGAGACACCAUCGUCAAGCUAGAACCGGACGGGCUUCUCGUCUGGGUACUUGCGGGAGCGCUAGGCCUCAGCCUGGUACUUUCCUUCAUUCUGGUCCCAGCACAAUGCUUCCACCUGGGCCGUAGCUACGGGAUCUUCCUGCUCCUCUUCUACCUGGUCUUCCUGCUGGUGGCGCUGCUCACAGAGUUCAAAGUGAUUGAGCUGAGAGGCAGCCCCUGACACCCUGCACCCCCCUCCUGCUCAAUCCUGACAGCCAGGCCCUUCUCUCCAGCUGGGGCGUGGUGACCCACAAAGAGCAGGUAUCUGGUCAGACAGAACCCACACACAAAUCACGUGAUUCUGAAAUUUCAUGCAUUUAUUUCUUGGAGUUUCUGUAGAGUCUGUAACUACGGCAACUGAUUACAACUGAAUUAAACGACUCUACAGCAAGCUGAGAUUCACUCAGGAUCCAAGCUUUGUGUUUCCAGACUCUGUCCAAGUGUUAUAAAAUAAACUAGGCCUGAAUGAUUCAACUCUGUGUUACAAGGAAUUGUGACAAUUUGCUCUUCACUUAAAUCCUCUUUUUAAUUUAGCUUAUGUUUUUAAAUGCAUCAUGUAACUGGACUACUGUCAUAUAAUUUGAAAACCAUUGGGCAGGGUCCUACUGCUGAAGGUGUCAUUCCAUCAGCAGCCUCAAGACUGACCGGUUCGCACUGUGAAGAAGAGGAGAAUCCUCAUGGUUUAUACACUGUGAAAGAGAGGAGAAUCCUCAUGUUUUCUGUGCUAUUGUAUACAUCCAUGCAUAGAUACUGGAUUAUAGCUGUGAAGUUAUGUAUGUAGGGCCAGUACACAAACUGCCAGCCUCACGUGAACAGACAGGGUCUUUACUGAGUCGCGUGCCUGCAUGUUUUUCAAGGUCUUUGCUGUAUGGUCCUUCACACAGACAGUAACAGAACACUAGAUAUUCUUCAGGUUUGCUGUGUUUAACAGCAGGGCUUCUGAAAUCAGGAUUAGUAUUCUUGAAUUUUAAAGUCAUGCAAAAAAAAGAAAAACUACACCUGCAACCCUAAUGCUGUCUGGAAUUGAAACUGAUGUUGAGUUGAAAUAUGCAGCAGCUGUCUUUUUAUAGCAUACCAAAUAACAAAAAAAACAUGACUAUAUCCCUUGUAUGACCUCUUGUGUACUAUCCUAGCAGAAAUGUGAUAGUAUACUACAUAGAAUACAGUAACUGAAUGUAUUGUACACAGAGUAUAUAACGCACAUGCAAUCUCUUAGUUUGUAAGCAUUCCGUUCCAUCCUGAAGAUUGUGAUAGACUGUGUGCAGUAUGUACAGUGUAGUGGCUGCUCCCUGCUAUUAACAUGUCCAUUGUUCUUCUAAACCAUUGCCUGACUUGCCUCUGGUGUCAGUAAGGGGCACACUUUUUCAAAUUCCUUCAGUUUUGUUAGGUUUGCUCUGGGAUCUCUUGGUUCACAUUCACCACUGCCUGAAGAGUUGAGUAUUCCAGGAGCCAGGCUUUUAUACAGUCAACUGUCAUACAGUAGAUUAGUAGCAUUUUAGAUACUUAAGUGAUGUCAGGUUUUUAUAUUAGUUUUUAUAUUUCUAAACCUGUCCAAAGGCGUAAGCUUACUACUACAGGUUUGUGUCUGGGAGCUUUGUGUUCUAUUUUGGGAUAGUGGUCAUUUUAUUUCCUUAUUUUCUUCAUAUACUUUGUUAAUAACCGCACAGGUGAUUUAUUAUGAAAUAGUGGUUUGAGAAUCUGCAGUCCUAUUGAUGGCCACAAGGGGGAACUAUAGUGCACAAUAAAAACAAGUUAAUUUUGUAUAUCAUGGUAUGUAUGUGUUUAAUAUGUAUACUAACAUAAUGACAUCAUUGUUUUGUUUUUCUUUCUUUGACUGAAUCAGGGUUUUAAUAUACUGUAUAUAGUGAUAAGAGCCAAAUGCAAUUUUAAUAAGUAUGAUGUAUUUAUUUUAUUGAUACAGAUUAUAUGUGAUUUAUAAACGGGUUUGAAUUAAAA